AUGCUUAACGACAUCCCGACAGAACUAGUACUCAAGAUAUGUACUUAUCUACCUCUGGACACCAACUUCUACUUGGCUGGGACAUGUCGCUCAUUGAAGAUCAUUGCUCGCGACCCAAUCUUGUACAAACUACUCGUAAUCCCCAAGCUCCAUCCUCACAAGCUCCUCGAUCUCCUCAGCUUAUUGACGAAAUGGAAUAUUCCACUGCGACUACUCCAUAUUCAGCAAACGGAUCCAAAAUACAAAACACGUCACCAUCAUCAACGUGGGCUCGAUCUCGAAGAAGCAGCUGCCAUCACUACUGCCACCGCUGCACCAGGAGCACAGUCAACCUUGGACUCAAAGUAUCUUUUGAAUAGAAUCAUAUCGUUUUUAGAAUCUUGUGACGUCGGCAUCCUCGCCUCCCUCAUCAUCGAACCGUGCGUUUGGAUGGGUUGCAAGACCGAAGAGGUAUUAAAGCUCUUCCGUCGCACACCUUGUCUCAAACGCCUCCACAUCCCAUCUCCAACUCUCUUUGCCGAUAACUUUAUUGUGCUCACCACUCAUCUCCCCCUCAUGGAACGCAUCUCGGGCAUCACGUACACACCAACACCUCGAGCCAUACAUGCUAUAGGUACCAACUGGCUCAACUUGACUGCAUUGGAUGUCUCUGAUGAUCAUGCUGGUUAUGAGAUCGCUCAUGCUUUGGCAUUGGUCUUUAGUAAUUGUAAAAGCCUAGUCAACGUACGGAUCUCCCAAGUCGUUCCUUGCACUGCAGGAUGGGCUGCUAUACUUAAGACUAUGGAAAAAGCUGCCAAUACUACGAUAUAUGCUACUGAUGAAGAUGGUGAUGUCAUCAUGCAGACGUGUAAUAAUAAAAUCAUGAAGACGUCGGCCACAUCUACAAUCUCGUCUUCUUCAUCAACAAUGACAAGUAUGUAUCAAAUGCCCACUAUGGCAGAAUCAGUCACUCAUCUGGAAUUGAGCGUCAUGUGUUACUGUCGUAAUGCAGCACGUCUCUUGGAUGUCACUACUUGCCAUAUAUUGAAACGAAUCUUUCCAAAUGUGAAUCGAUUCGUAUAUCACUAUGAAGGUGCUCUACGAGGAGUCGAUGUUGAAGCUACUCGAAAUGAAUUGAAUGAGUUUGCUAGGAAGUGGGUGGGUGAUCAUGGGAUCGCUAAAAUAGUUGUCUGA